UCAACAGGAGCAGGACAAUCAACUGGAUACUCGUGGACUCCUGCUUCUCUUGUAAAGGUUUCUCCCUGCAGCCAUAACUACGGGACGGUGCUCUGGGGGUCGCUUUGCUACCUAAACUGUUGUUUUCCCUCUUCUUGAGCCAUUUCCAGGUAUGUUCAUGGCGUGAGUGAUCCAAACAUCCAGUCAUGGUGCCGUGGCGGUGCACCAAGAACCUCUGCUGGCUGGCUGCAGCCUGGUUUCCCCUGCUGCUCUCAUCACUGCUGCUGCAAAAGAUGUCACCUGUCCAUGCGGUCCCGUCCUGCCCACGGAGCUGCAGCUGCCCAGGCGUCAAAGAGGUCCACUGCACAUUCAGACACCUCACCACCAUCCCGCAGAGCUUCCCUAAAGGCACAGAGAGGCUCAACCUGGGCUACAACAGCCUGACGGAGGUGGAGGGUGCAGAGUUUCGGUCACUGCGGCAGCUGGAAAUGCUCAUGUUACAUGGCAACGACAUUAGCACCGUGCACCCCGGAGCCUUCUACAGCCUCAGGUCACUGCAGAUCUUGAAGCUCAGUUACAACAAGCUAUCUUCAGUGAACCGUGGCCUCUUUGAGGGUCUUGUCGGUGUGAUUCGUCUCCACCUGGACCACAACCUGAUAGACUUCAUAGAGCCAUUCUCCUUCUCCGGCCUGACGUCCCUGAAACUCCUGCAGCUGGAGGGGAACCUUCUGAAGGAGAUUCACCCUUACACCUUCAUAACUGUGUCAGUACUAGGAAGCUUCUGGACGUCUGGACUCAGACACUUACACCUAUCAGACAACCUGCUGGAGCAGCUCCCUGCCUCAGCCUUAAAGACAGCGCCCAGGCUGGAGGUCCUGACGCUGCACGGGAACCCCUGGACCUGCGACUGUCAGCUGCACUGGUUGGUCCAAUGGAGUGCCACUCAUGAAGGAGUUGUAAAAUGUAAGAAGGAGCGUGGAACCAGUGAGACGUGCCCUCAGUGCUCCUUUCCUCAAAAUCUGAACGGCAGCCGGCUGCUGGAGUUAACUGCAGACAAGCUUCCAUGUGAACGACCAGUUCUUCAAUCACCGCUCAAACAGUGGGACAAUCCAACGUGGGCCGAAUCAGAAGCAGAGCCCGACCUUCCAUACACCCGGGAUUUUGAAAAACCUUUAGGUCACCUGACCAUCGUUCUCUCCGACAGCCAUGGAAAUAGUGCACACGUGGCAUGUGAUGUACGCCACCCAGGAGACACUUCACCUAUGACAUGGACUGUAAAUCCAGAGUCACCUGGGGACGUGUCUUUAAAUGUAUCGCUGGUGACACACCUCGAGUGUGAGAUAGAUCGAGAAACCCUGCAAAAUCUUUGGCAAUUGGUUGCAUAUUACUAUGAAAGCCCGGCAAUUUUGGAAAGAGGUCACCUGAGGGGAAAUUCGAGCGGAGUGACAUAUCAAUAUGUCCAAGCUGUAAAUGAAAAUUCCCCAUAUUUUACUGAAUUAAAAGGUUAUUUGGUAGCAGAGCCCUCAUGGUUGCUUCAACCAAGAGUAACGUUGAGGCUGAACAGGAAGCAGACAACAACAAAGAAACUUGUCAUGGAUUUCACUACUUUGAUCACAAAAGAUCUUAACACCCAUAGGGGGCAAGAGGAUGAUGAUUUUGCUUCUUCCUGGGCACUGAUUCGUAGAGUGACAGGCGGACGAAUUCAGACUGCUCUUGAGGGUUCAAAGGUUCAUUUGGAGUGCAAAAUUAUUACAAACAAGCCAGAUGUGAAAGUGGAGUGGAUGCUUCCAGAUUUGUCCACCGUGGAAGAAGCAACUGAUAAGACUGAAAUCUCAGAAGAAGGGCAACUUGUCAUUUUAAACGCCACAACAUCUGAUUCAGGUCUCUACCACUGUAUCAUCAGAACCAAAACUGGUGUGGACUUGAUGUCCUUGAGACUCACCAUUAAGGAACGCUCACUCAGUCCUACGGCUUUAAAUGGUCAAAAGAUGGUAAUUAAGAAGGGGGAGUCUCUCUCGCUUCCUUGUGAAGUGAGCUCUGCUCAGCCCAGUCAAACCAUAUGGUACCUGCCCAAAAGUAAAGGUCUCCUCCCUACGCAACAGACGAGGAGAGCAAAAGUGAUGGAAAAUGGGACUUUGAUUAUAAAAAAGCUGACACAGGAGGAUGCAGGUGAAUACAGCUGCCUGGCCUCAAAUCUGUAUGGAGUGGACAUGCUGUCUCACAUGGUGGAAGUCAUUGAAGAAAAGACUUCAGAAAAGUCAAAAGUACAGACCGAUAGAGAAAAAACUGUUGUGCUUGUUGGUGUUGAGGAAGGAGAGGGUUCAGGGGGAGAUUAUCAGGAAAUUACACGUUCCUUGGAUACGCAGGUCCCUGAGAAGGUAGGGAUACAACAAAGAAGGCCUGAUGGAUAUUUGACGAGGAUGCGAAUGAAAGAUCUGAAGAGAAAGCCCAAUAAAUCUGUAAAGGAAUUAGAUCCAAAUCGUUGGGCAGAGAUACUGGCAAAGGCAAACGCUAAACCAAGUGUUGCUUUGCCCACAGAGCAGUCACUAGAGGAACCCAGUACUGUAACCAUCCUAAGAACUUCACCCAUACCUGUAACAACACCUCCUACAACUGCCAAAAACGUGCCCCAUAGUACCACCCCUCCAAACAUACAACCAACGAAGUUAGCCACAUACCCACAACUGAACACUGAGACGUAUUUGAAAGAAGAGAAAACUGGAUAUGAAACAAGUGAAAAUCAGAUGGUUUCACAAACUGUUUCUCGUGAAAGCACAGUAUCAUCCCAGAAGCCUACUGAUGGGAUGACAGAAAAAGAAGAACCUGUUACUAGAAAUAAUCAGCCUGCCAAACAGCCAGAAAGUAAGCCGUCUGAGGAAGGAAGAAGACCCUCCAAAUUUGUUCCUGGUUGGUCUAACAGGAGGAGGCCCCCUCAUAGACGUGGGAAACCCCUACCAGGAAGGACCCGCUCACAGGGGAAUCCUCUUUAUCAUUCGCCUAACAAGCCCCAGGCACCUGUGCAGCCAAUGACGACAACUCCAACAACAACUACUACAACAACUGCCACUACUACUACCACUACCACAACUGCUGCUCCAACUACCACUACCACAACUGCUGCUACAACUACCACUACUACAACCUCUCCUACUACAACAAUGCAUAUUCCAUCCACACUGGAAUACCAUGAAUCAUUAUCUGCUGAGUAUGAUAUAGACGAAGAUGAAUAUGAAUACAAUGAAGAGUAUGAUUACAAGGACAGUGACAAUGUUGAUGCCAAUGAAGAUGUAAGCAGUGAAGUCCCUCAUACCACUCAAGACCUGGGCAAUAGCGUUACCCAUUCUCCAUUAGUUACAGGAGGAGAUACUCGUGUAGGCAAACAACAUUUACCAAAUCCAAAAACGAUUGUUACUCCAAAGCAAGAUGACCUAAACUCAAGGAAUGUAGAGGACCGUGUCGACUUAGAGAACAUCGGUGUAAAGAGAACAGGAAUGACAGAACACACCAAAGAAAACAGAAGCAAGGAUGAACAGCUCGCAGGACAAAAUGAAAAGGAUGAUUUGAUAGCAAUGGAGAAGCAAAGGAGACAGAGAAUACAUGCAGAGGGCAGUGAGAGAGAUAGUGACUCCUCAAAAACAGAGUUGGUUACACAGAGGUCCAAUGUGAACAAUAAGAUGUGGUCAGCAACACAUAACAGAGCAAGACCUGACACCCCACCUUCAACAGAGCAAAAUAUUCAAACCCAUGCAGGAACUUCCUCCACAAAGACUUUUACAACCAGAGGCAGAGCCAGAGAAGAAGUGACAGAGAGAAAGGACAGGCGACUAAACAGGCCGACUAAAAAGCCUGUAAUCCACAAUUUUCCCGUUAUGGAGCCACUUCACCCUUGGCUUCACCAGGCCAACCAGGAAAAGUGGAAAACUACCACUCCCAAGAUUAUAAACAGAAACCAUGGCAGAACCACAGGGAGACAGAGUGAAGUGAAUCCAGGAAGGCAAUCCCAGCUUCCCCGAGUCCCCCCAACCCCCCGCCGGCCCUCCCCCCGUUAUCCUCAUCCUUCCAAUCCCAUCUACCCUCCCAGGCCAGGUCAACAACCAUUUCCUCACCACAGGCAAGGUCCUGGGUCCCACCCUACAGCCACCCAUCGACCCUGGUCAUUUGCCCACCCGUGGGCUCACAGUUCACAUGUGACCAACCGCCCAGAGAUCAUAGCUGAGACAGUAAAACCCGCUCCGACUGUUUCUGGAACAGAAAACUCCCAAUUUGCACUAGCCAAUUCCCAUCAUAAUAAUCCAAAUCUACAUGUUGAUGGCAGGAGCCAAACAAGAGAUCAUCUGUUCAUAAAAAGGCUUAGGAACAGAUACAGACAGGCGCAGCUCGAUCGCAUUGCUCAGCACAAGCCAACCAAACCUCACACAAGCUACUACAAUCCUCCACAGCUCUUCACGCCUAAAGCCAACACUGCUUCCUCAUAUAUGCAUCACAUUCCAAAACCACCUGAACCCACUGCUUCUCAUAUUUACCCUAUGAAGCCUUCAAACCCUACUAAACCAUCCUUCCAUGGUACUCAUCCCUCUCUCUCUUACCAUCCCACCACUUCCCUGCCUCUGUAUGGAAGUCAGCGGCCUGCUGGAGCAGGAAAAAUCAGUUCCCGGCAUUCCACAGUUGCACCUCCUUUCCCAUGGCUGUUGGGAGCUGGUGGGGGGAAACCUCGCAUCAUCACAGUCACCACAGCAAGUAUGUCAGUGCUGGCAGAGAAUGAUGUGUACCUGCCGUGCAAAGCAGCUGGGAAUCCUGAGCCCAGCAUCGCAUGGACUAAAGUCUCCACAGGUGCUACCAUUCCAGCCGACACCAAGCAUGGCUCACGUUUUGAAGUGUUCAAAAAUGGGACUUUUGUGAUUAAAAACAUCCAGCUUCAGGACCGAGGUCAGUACCUUUGCACUGCCCAGAACAGUUUUGGAUCAGAUCGGAUGGUCAUCACCUUAGCUGUCCAGACUGAGGCCCCAAAGAUCCGACCACCCAAGUCCGCAGAGAGAGCAGUCUACUUAGGGAAACGUGUGAUUUUGGACUGCCUAGCCUCUGGAAAACCACCGCCCCAGAUCUCGUGGAUUCUCCCAGACAGAACGUUCGUUCGGGAAGUUGGGACAGUUCGCACUCUCCUUUCUGCAAUGUCUCUGCUCCCGAAUGGAACUCUACAAAUUCACUCUGCCAACUUCUCCAGCAAAGGGGACUAUAAAUGUAUAGCGAGCAAUGCGGCAGGUGCUGAUACAAUCACUUAUCAUCUCCAUGUGGCAGCUCUGCCUCCAAGCAUAAGUGAAGGAGCAACGGAUACUGUGAUCAUUCAGCCAGGCAGGAGUGUGUAUGUUCACUGUUCUGUGAAGGGUGAACCAUUGCCCACCCUGAAAUGGAUGCUCCCAGCAGGCGUUCAUGUCAAACCAUCCCAGUUUCUGGGACGCAGGCUGUUCGUCUUUCCUAACGGGACACUCUUUGUCAAGAAUAUUUUGCCAUCUGAUGGCGGGAGGUAUGAGUGUCUGGCUACCAACGCAGUAGGAAUGGCCAAAAGAACAGUCCAGGUAGAGGUGGCAGCAGAAUCACCCCCUUCCGUUCGCCAGUCUCUUCCUCCCCCUCUUCCCAUCCCCUCGCCCCGCCACCUCCCAUCCCGUCAACACGUUGUCUCAGCUAUGUAUGGUUCUGCAGUUUACCUCCACUGUCCAGAGUCAACAGAGUCCUCACGGGGGACGGUUUGGCAGCUGCCGUCCAAGACCAUCCUGGAGCACCAAUACAGCCCAGAGAGACCAAUUAAAGCUUUCCCUAAUGGAACACUGAGGAUCCUUCAGCUAACAGAAGUGGAUGGUGGAAAUUACUUGUGCAUCUUUCAGCGGCCCAAUGGUGAGGACAUGGAGCUCUUCCAGGUAGAGGUGUUGAUGACAGCUCCCAGAAUUGAACAUGUAAGGGCUCCUCAGAGCAAGGCCAUCUUUGGAGAAAACUUUCAGGUGGAUUGCGUUGCAACUGGCCUCCCCAACCCAGAAGUUUCCUGGAGUCUUCCGGACGGCACUUUAAUCAACAACGCCCUUCAAUCAGACGACAGUGGUCUUCGUAACCGCCGCUACGUCAUGUUUGAGAAUGGAACUCUAUUUCUCCAGCAGAUGGAUAAAAAAGAUGAGGGGGACUAUAUUUGUCAUGCUAAGAACAAACUAGGAAGAGAUGAAAGAAAAGUGAGCAUCAAAGUGGAGCCAAAUGCUCCACAGAUUGUAUUUAAAUCACAAUCCCUGGUUAAAGUAAAACUGGGGGAAUCCGCUAAAUUGAGUUGUCAGGCAACAGGAGAACCUGCUCCAAGAAUCAUGUGGAUCUCACCACGCAAGGAUUUUAUAUCAUUGUCGGACAAAUUUAAUAUAAUGGAUGAUGGAAUGUUAGUUGUGAAGGACGUGACACCGGCUGAUGAAGGAAAAUAUGCCUGUGUGGCACGAAAUUCUGCUGGAGAUGAUAUUAAAAAUGUAAUAGUCGAAGUUGAACCCCAGGAACCCUUUAUCAAUGGUAUGAAAGGGACAAGUACUACAAAGCUUUUAGGUGUUUCCUAUCAAACAGCACUUCUGGAUUGCAGAAUCAAAGGAAACCCUGAACCAAAAGUAUGGUGGAUUACUCCUUAUGGCCAGUCCCUCACAAGACCCUACCUCGGGGGACGUUUCCAAGUACACCUGAAUGGGAGCUUGGAGCUGAGAGGGGUCAGGAAAUCUGACGAAGGCAGGUAUAGAUGUCUGGCUAAAAACCACCUGGGAGAAGCCUCACUUUCCGUCGAAUUACAAGUUGCAUCAUUAGCCGAGAAACCCAGCUUUGCUGUUCCCAAUAUCGAAAUCUUACCAAUAAAGCAAGAUGGUGUUGAAUUGAUCCUGGAGUGUCCUGCUCGUGGCAAACCAAACCCAGAGUUUUUAUGGGUAUUACCCAACGGCACGACGUUAACACCUGGUCUUAAAUUCCAACGAUUCAUCCAUUAUUUUCUCAAUGGAACUCUACGGAUCUCACAUCCAGUGGCAACGGAUAAGGGAGUGUACCGAUGCCUGGCAAGAAAUGUGGCAGGACAAGCAGAGAAGCGUUAUGCCCUGGAGGCUGGCAGGAAACCAAUGAUCAGAGGCUCCACAGGUGGGAUGAAGAUCACAUAUGGCCUGAAUCUCAACCUACCUUGCACCGUGGAUGGCUGGCCACAUGCAUCCAUCACUUGGACUCUACCCAAUGGCGUGGUUUUGGACAAACCUCAGAACAGUGGCAGAAUAUCUUUCCUCACCAAUGGAACCCUACAGAUCAGGCAGGUUGCCACUUUUGACAAAGGAACAUACAUCUGCAAAGCUUCCAACUCUUUUGGAUCGUCUGCUCUGUCCUAUCCGGUCACAGUCAUGCUUUUCCCUCCUCGGAUCACAAGCACAAUCACGUCCAUCACCAGAGUGAUCCGGGGAACAGCGGUGAUGUUACAGUGUGUUGCUACCGGUAUUCCCAAGCCAGAUAUUUCAUGGACGUUACCUGGGCGCACCACUUUGCUUCCACAUAACCGAUACACGGUGCAGGGAGGAAUACACAUGACAGAGGAGGGUAAUCUGGUCAUUCAAAACCCUGUGCUCACAAACUCUGGUAUUUAUAAAUGCAAUGCUAAAAAUGCCCUUGGAACAGAUUUCAAAUCGACAUACCUACAAGUGGUUUGAGAGAUGGGAGAAUCCCACAGCAGACUAUGACUCCGUGAGGACUGUCCAAUCAGGAAUUAAAGUGCACAUGGUAUGGAUACUCUGCAGACUGAUUUAAACAUAUUUUUUGUUUUAACAUGCAGUUUUUGAGCUUUUUUUUUUUUUUUUCUUAAUUUACCAACAGACCAUCUAUUGUAUUUUUACAAAUGUCUUUUUCCCUAUUAGGACGUUUGCCUUUUUGGCCUUAUUGUCACGGUUAAUAUUGAAAUUCUCUCCAGAAUAUUAUGGUUAUUAUGUUGUUGGUUUUUAAAAAUUCCAAGCAUGACUUUACUUUUAGAUUAAAGCACUUGUUUCUUGGGACUAAUAUAUUUAAAAUUGGUCAGUGACCCUUCUCUGGAUAUUGCUCUCUGUUUUGGCAAAAAGUAUAACAAUGUUUUUGACAUUGUAAAUGUUCCAUAUCAUUUAACGCAUCAUAUAAACGUUCAGGGUAUUUUAUUUUUCUAUGAGGAUACAUUUACUCCCUGUUGCUGCUUUUACCAAAGGACGUUAUAUACCGGUAUCAUUUAUUAGCUUUCAGUGGUGGGAAAAAAAAUGCUUCAUCACUGGUUGUGAACUUUUAAGAAUACACAUUAGUACACAUGAAAAUAUGUAAGUAUAUAAUUUAUAAUUAAAUAAAAGAU